GCCCCCGCCUCUCUUUGGCCUCGCCUUUUGGUCCGGAGUCGGGCUGCGACGGCGGUGGAAGAAGGAGCUGAGGCGCCGCUCUUUUCUUCUCACCGCUUCCCUCAGUUGUGUCCUUCUCUUGAGGGACGCGGGUUCGAAUCCCAGGUGCGGAACAAAGAAAGGAAGGAAGGAAGGCGGAUGGACCCGCAGCCCGGCGCCAGGAGCAGGAGCAGCAGCAGCGGCGGCGUGACAGCGUCCCAGGCCUCCUCCUCCUCCUCAUCCCCGUCCUCGCCUUCUCCUCCUUCCCCUCCUCCUGCUCCUCCGAUGCGGGUGUGCGUGAGGACCACGACGGGGGCCCGGUACGAGCUGGCGCUGCCUGCGGAGGAGACGGUGGAGGGCCUCCAGCGCCGCCUGGCCCAGCGCCUCCGCCUCCCGCGCCACAGGCUCGCCCUCCUCCACAGGGACAGCCGCCUGAGUUCGGGGAAAUUGCAAGACCUUGGGGUCGGUGAAGGGAGCAAGCUGACCUUGGUGCCCACCGUGGAAGCCGGCUUAAUGUCUCAAGCAUCCAGGCCAGAACAGUCCGUGAUGCAAGCGCUGGAAAGUUUAACAGAAACUCAGGUGAAUGACUUCCUCUCAGGGCGCUCCCCACUGACCCUCGCCCUCCGCGUCGGGGACCACAUGAUGUUUGUUCAGCUCCAACUGGCUGCCCAGCAGAGCGGGGGUCCGCUCCAGCACCGCCAUGUGGGCCCUGCCCGUGGGGAGCCUCCUGGGGCCACGCCCGUUGCCCCCCCACAAGCCCCUGCACCAGGGCCCGGGGGAGGGGGUCCCAUCCACGACGCUGGCCCUCGGCCCACCUUCAGCAGGGCCCCCCAUGUACUGGCCUGCCAGCCAAGCCCCCCGGCCUCCCCACCUGUGGCUCCGCCCCCGCCAUGUGGUCCCGCCCACCCAGUCAUGGCAGCAGGAAUGUUCCGGUCGCACGGCACCAGCACGCCAGCGGCAAACGGGAGUGCGGCAUCCUCAUCCUCCUGUUCGGAGGUCGACUGUGCGGCGCGUAGCAGCCCUUCGCCCAGCCCAAGCCAGCCUUCUCGGACCCGCAAGCCUGGCGCCGUGAUUGAAAGCUUUGUGAACCACGCCCCUGGUGUCUUUUCCGGAACAUUUUCGGGCACGUUGCACCCCAACUGCCAGGACAGCGCCGGCCGACCACGCCGGGACAUCGGCACCAUCCUGCAGAUCCUGAACGACCUGCUGAGCGCCACGCGGCACUACCAGGGCAUGCCCCCCUCCCUGGCCCAGCUGCGCUGCCAGGCCCAGUGCGCCCUCGCGCCCUCCCCACCCUCCUCCCCGCACAGCACCAACCGUGCCGCCACCUCAGAGAAAAUGGCCGCCGCCAUGACUGCUGCCGCCGCCAGCCAGCCAUUGCACCUGGGACAGGGGCCCGUGGCCUGCAAACCCAUCGUGACGGGUGAUCGUGUGCGGCAGACGGAGAACCGGGCCACACGCUGCAAGGUGGAGCGGCUGCAGCUCCUGAUGCAGCAGAAGCGCCUGCGCCGGAAAGCCCGCCGGGAUGCCCGGGCCCCCUACCAUUGGCUGCCCAACCACCGCAAGUCCAGCCGGACCAACAGCAACAGUAGCCUGUCCAGCGAAGGUAGCAGCAGCCUGGAUCUGGACUUCGACGACUCGGUCUGGAAGCCCGAAGUCAAGCCGGACAUGAAGUCAGAGUUUGUCGUAGCGUGAACAGAGAGGGAGAAUGGGCCUCCCUUGUCGGGAUGCGAAGCGCUGAACGAUGGGGACGGGGAUGGAGAAAACGAUGAUGACAACAAAGACUCUUUAGUAAUAAUUAAUAAUACAUUUUCUUUGGUCCACGCGAGCAAAGGAGUUUUUGGUUUUCUUUUAUUAUUUUUUCCUGGGUGCUUGAUUUAAAAAAAAAAAAAGACUCGGUUGCUGUGGAUUUCUCCAGGCGAGCGGACCUCUCCUCCGGAUGUAUUUAGUUUGGACAAAACGCCAUAUUUUGGAACAGUAUUUUCUAUGAUUGGUUUUCCUCUCUUCCUUGCCGCCGAAACUCUGCUGGGGCUUUUGUUCUAGGAACGGAAAACAGCUGUGACAGGGCUCCCGAGUGAGAGAGCAAGCGGACCUGAAAGGAAGGCGGCAGGCAGGCGAGCGAGCAAGUGCCUCUCGUCUGAAAAAAGAAAAACACGGGUGGUUUGAGGGCGUGGGGCUUUUUGCGGUUUUGGGAGGAGGAAUCUUCAAACACAGCUGCCUUAAAUGAUGACGACACGCAGAUGGGAACGUCAACUUCAAGGGGGUGGAAACAGAGCGGAUGCGAGAAACCGGACUUCUUCUGAGUUUCCUCCCGUUUUGGGGUCUUGUUUCCAAGGCCGUCCCGUUUGUGCCAGAAAGCUGCUUCCUCCCUUCCCUGUGAUGAAUCUGUCUGGAGGCGGGCGGAGAUGUGUGGAAAGUUUUCUCUUCUUUUUAAAAUAAUUUUUUUAAACGUUCUCCUUUUGUUUUUGGUGACUUCUACAUGAACGGGAAGCACUGUGCAUUCUUUCAAGGCUGAAGGUUUUGUCGCAGGGAAGGUGUUGAGUGCGAGUGAGCCUCCGCUGUCUGUGUCUUCUCUCCUUUUCCUCCCCAA